GACCCACCAUUUUCUGAACCUUAGUCAUUGCUUUGCUUUUGUUUUGAGUGCCGGGAGCAGCACACACAAAUUCAUUUCUUCUCAGUCAUCAUCACUACUUGGGGGAACUCCUCUCCCGCCAUUUCCCCCCUCUCAAAACACACAGCACCCACAAAGAAAGGAAGAAAACAUGAGUACCGUUGAUAAGAUGCUCAUCAAAGGCAUUCGGAGCUUCGACCCCGAGAACAAGAACGUCAUCACCUUCUUCAGACCCUUAACCCUAAUCGUUGGCCCCAACGGUGCUGGAAAAACCACAAUCAUCGAGUGCUUGAAGCUUUCUUGCACCGGCGAGUUGCCUCCUAAUGCAAGGUCUGGUCACAGCUUCAUUCAUGACCCCAAGGUUGCUGGUGAAACUGAAACGAAGGGCCAGAUUAAGCUCCGAUUUAAGACAGCAGCGGGCAAAGACGUGGUUUGCAUAAGGUCCUUUCAGCUCACACAAAAGGCGUCGAAGAUGGAAUACAAGGCAAUUGAGAGUGUACUUCAAACUAUUAAUCCUCAUAAUGGGGAGAAAGUUUGCCUUAGCUAUAGAUGUGCAGACAUGGAUAAGGAAAUUCCUGCGCUCAUGGGUGUUUCUAAGGCCAUUUUAGAAAAUGUUAUAUUUGUUCAUCAAGAUGAAGCAAAUUGGCCACUGCAGGAUCCUUCCACAUUGAAGAAAAAGUUUGACGACAUCUUUUCUGCAACUCGAUAUACAAAGGCACUGGAGGUUAUAAAGAAACUUCACAAGGAACAAGCGCAAGAGAUAAAGACUUUCAAGCUUAAGCUUGAGAAUCUUCAAACAUUGAAAGAUGCAGCUUAUAAGCUUCGUGAAAGCAUUGCCCAAGAUCAGGAGAAAACAGAAUCUCUAAAAUGUCAGUUACAGGAGUUGGAAGGAAGCAUUAAAGAUGUGGAUGAUAAAAUACAUCAUGCAGAGAAAACACUGAAAGAUUUGCGAAAGCUGCAGGACCAAAUCUCAACUAAAACUGCUCAACGAAGCACUCUGUUUAGGGAACAACAGAAACAAUAUGCAGCUCUUACCGAGGAUAAUGAAGACACUGAUGAAGAGUUGAUGGAAUGGAAGACAAAGUUUGAAGAAAGGAUUGGAAUUUUACAAACAAAAAUAAGCAAAUUGGAGAGAGACUUGAAUGACAUUGACACUAAAAGUUCUUUCCUUAAGCAGACUAUCAAUGAUUCCAUCUGGGAGAUCAGCAAGCUUCAAACUGAAGCUGAAGCUCACAUGUCUUUGAAGAAUGAACGUGAUUCGUGUAUUAAAAAUCUUUUUGCGAAGCAUAAUUUAGGGCCUCUUCCAGAGUCACCCUUCACUGAUGAGGUUGCUACCAACCUGACCAAUCGUGUAAAAUCAAGGGCUUUAGAUCUUGAGAAGGACCUCCAAGAUAAAAAGAAAGCAGAUGACAAUAAACUCAAGAUGGCAUGGGACUGUUACAUGAAUGCCAAUGACCGAUGGAAAAAUACCGAGGCUCAAAAAAAAGCUAAAUCAGAGAUCAAGAAUGGCAUUGUUAGACGCAUUGAGGAAAAAGAAAAUGAGCGUGAUUCACUUGAACUUCAAAUUUCCAAUGUAAACAUUUCUCACAUUGAUGAAAGAGAAAGAAAUUUGCGAAUAGAUGUCGAGAGGAAGACAAACCAACUAGCUGAAAGAGAAUUUGAAGUAAAUAUACGUCAAAAGCAAAGUGAGGUAUAUAGUAUUGAACAAAAGAUUAAGGCUGUCAAUCGGGAGAAGGAUAUCAUGGUUGCUGAUUCAGAGGACAGAGUGAAGCUAUCUUUUAAGAAAGCAGAGUUGGAGAAUCACAAGAAAAAACAUAGAAAGAUAGUAGAUGACCAAAAGGAUAAAAUAAAAAUGGUGCUAAAAGGGAGGGUCCCUGCUGAUAAGGAUCUGAUGAAGGAAGUUUCUCAAGCAUUAAGGACUCUUGGUAGUGAAUAUGAUAAUCAAAAUGCAAGUUGCAAUGAGGUCAAAAUGGAAGUUACCAAGUUGGAGACAAAAGAAACGGAAAUUAAAAAUAAUCUGCUCAAACACAAGAAGGAUUUGGAAUCAAAAAAGAGACGUAUUGAAACCGAGCUUCAGUCUUUGGAUCCUCAGUGGUCUUGUAUUGAUUCUUAUCUCGAAAUGUUAGAGUCUUUUAAGGAGAAGAGAGAUUUCGCAAUAAGCAAGUAUAAAGGUAAUGAAGGUAUCCAAAACUCACUUGAUCUUUUUGCAAAGGAAGCCAGAACUAAGCAUGCUUGCCCUUGCUGUGACCGCGCCUUCUCUGCAGAAGAAGAAGACGAGUUUGUGAAGAAGCAAAGAUCAAGGGUUGCUAAUUCAGCUAAAGUUAUUAAAGCUCUUGCUGAGGAGUCUGCAAUUGCAGACUCUAACUAUCAGCAGUUGGACAACCUUCGUGUAGUUUAUGAAGAAUAUGUCAAACUUAACGAGGAGACAAUCCCUGAUGCUGAAAGUAAACUUCAGCAAAUUAAUGAGGAGCUGGAUUGCAAAUCUCAGGAACUGGAUGAUAUGUUAGGUGUUUUAGCACAAAUACAGAGUGACAGAGAUGUGGCCAAAGCAUUGAUGCAACAUAUUGAAACCGCUGACCGGCAUUUUCAAGAAACUAUUGCUUUGCAGAAGCAAGUAGAGGAUUUAGAAUAUAAGCUUGAUUUUCGGGGACAAGGAGUGAGGACUAUGGAAGAAAUUCAAUUGGAGCUUAAAUCAUUGCAGGGAACAAAGGACAAUUUACAUGCUGAAUUGGAGAAGCUGAGGGAAGAACAGAGAUAUGCAGAGAAUGAUCUAUCAAGUAUUCAAAUAAGGUGGCACACUCUUAGGGAGGAGAAAGUCAAAGCAGCCAACACAUUGCAAGAUGCUAAAAGGGUAGAAGAAGAAUUAGCACGUCUGACUGAAGAAAAGACCAACGUUGAUCUUGAUGAAAAGCAUUUAGCAGAAGCUCUUCGACCCUUAUCCAAGGAGAGAGAUAAAUUACUUGCUGACCAUGAUGAACUGAAAGUUAGACUUAAUCGUGAUUAUGAGUACCUAGUUGAACAAAAGAGAAUUUAUCAGCAAGAAGCUGAAUCACUUUUUAAAAUGACUUCUAAAAUUAGAGAGUACUCAGAUUUAAAGAAAGGGGACAGGUUAAAGGAACUGCAGGAAAAGAAAUCUCUAUCAGAGUCUGAACUUAAAAGUUGUGAUGCUAGGAAGCAAGAAAUUUUAGCUGAUGUUAACAAAAGCAAAGAUUUGUUGCGAGAUCAAGAUAAUAUAAAAAGAAAUAUCGAGGACCACUUAAAUUACCGGAAAACAAAGGCUGAAGUAGAUGAGCUAGGACGUGAAAUUGAAAGACUCGAAGAAAGUAUAUUGAAGGUUGGUGGUGUGUCCGCAAUUGAAAGUGAACUACAGAAAUUAUCAAAGGAGAGAGAGACGCUUCUUUCAGAGUUAAACAGGUACCAUGGAACAAUGUCUGUUUACCAAAGCAAUAUUUCCAAAAAUAAGAUUGAUCUUAAGCAGUCUCAAUACAAGGACAUAGAUAAGCGAUACUUUGAUCAGCUUAUACAGCUUAAGACAACUGAAAUGGCGAACAAGGACCUGGACAGAUACUACAAUGCACUUGAUAAAGCAUUGAUGCGCUUCCACUCAAUGAAAAUGGAAGAAAUCAACAAAAUUAUAAGGGAAUUGUGGCAACAAACCUAUAGAGGACAGGAUAUAGAUUACAUUAGUAUUCAUUCAGAUUCUGAAGGUGCUGGGACCCGUUCCUACAGUUACAAGGUUCUCAUGCAGACUGGUGAUGCCGAGCUAGAAAUGAGAGGAAGAUGUAGUGCGGGCCAGAAGGUCCUUGCAUCUCUUAUCAUUCGCUUGGCGUUAGCUGAAACUUUUUGCCUCAAUUGUGGAAUAUUGGCACUGGACGAGCCAACCACAAAUUUGGAUGGCCCCAAUGCUGAAAGUCUGGCUGCUGCUCUCCUAAGGAUCAUGGAAGACAGGAAAGGCCAGGAAAAUUUUCAGCUAAUCGUAAUUACUCAUGAUGAGCGUUUUGCUCAACUGAUUGGUCAGCGCCAGCAUGCAGAGAAAUAUUAUCGAGUCUCAAAAGAUGAUCUUCAGCACAGUAUAAUUGAAUGCCAGGAGAUAUUUGACUGAAGAGAAGACUAUAUUUAGUUAGUUACUCCUUCGUGAAUUCUUGUCUGACCACAUCGGAGAAAAUGAGGAUCUGAAGAACCGGAGCCCCAAGACUUCAUACAUUUAUGCUGUAACUUGAUCAAGUUAUAAGAUGCUCUAGAUGGGUGGAAAUUUGUAUACUAAUUUUGUUAAUCUUUGACUACUUUCUAUAACAUUUGAAUUUUGUUCAUAAGCUUUUCACGAUUGCUGGAAACUGGAAUUUUGAAAUCAGGCCUGUAUAUAAAAAAAUGAUUGAUCAUCAAGGUUCUAUGCAAGCUAGGAAGGACCAGAUCGGCGCAGUGCACUUAGAGUUUGAACCCAAAACCUUUGUAAUAAUGAAGAGAGAAAGCUAAAAAAUGUGUAAUGUGAAUUAUGGGUUCGUUUAGCACUAAUCUGUGCUUAUACAUAUGGAGAAGGAUAGUUUGCUGUGUAAGCUAGCCCAAAGGGUAGAAUAGUCCUUUCUUGCUUAAGUUAGUUAUAACAGCUGUAAUAAACUUGCAGCUAUCCUUGCUGGUUUUGCUCUAGUAACCAACUCAACUCUUAUAACUAACACUUCUCUAGACUUCAACCUA